GUGUGUGUGUGUGUGUGUGUCAGUCAGCUGUUGAAGGAUCCUCAGGUUCUGUUUGCUGGUUAUAAAGUUCCUCAUCCUCUGGAACACAAGAUCGUCAUCAGGGUGCAGACCACACCUGACUACAGCCCACAGGAAGCAUUUACGAAUGCCAUCACUGACCUCAUUAGCGAGCUCUCUCUGCUGGAGGAACGCUUCAGAGUCGCCAUCAAGGACAAACAGGAAGGGAUUGAGUGAAGCUCCACCCUCUGAUGACCCCACUUUCUGUUUGAGUUUUGCUUUAUUUUUGUAAAUAAAACAUAUGAUGUCACAA